GCGGCGGCUGGGUUGAGGCGUGGCGGAGGCGGUGGCGACGGGGGAGGGGACAGGGCUUUAUAAGCCGUGGGGCGCCGCCGGGCUUUUGGCUCUGUCUGGUGGCGGUUGUCUCGGCAGGUAACGGGCAGGCCUCGCCGAAAGAAGAAUCAAUAAUGUCAGCACUGAACUGGAAGCCAUUUAUCUAUGGAGGUUUAGCAUCAAUCACUGCAGAAUGUGGUACUUUCCCAAUUGAUCUGACCAAAACACGUCUACAGGUUCAAGGUCAAGUUAAUGAUGCCAAAUAUAAAGAGAUCCGCUACCGUGGAAUGGUGCAUGCACUAGUGAGAAUAUGCAAAGAAGAAGGACUGAAAGCAUUGUACUCUGGGAUUGCACCUGCAAUGCUACGCCAAGCUUCAUAUGGAACUAUAAAAAUAGGCACUUACCAAAGUUUGAAAAGAAUGAUGGUUGAGCAUCCAGAAGAUGAAACCCUGAUGAUAAAUGUUCUAUGUGGUGUUCUUUCGGGAGUAAUUUCAUCAUCUAUUGCCAACCCUACAGAUGUCUUAAAGAUCAGAAUGCAAGCCCAAGGUAGUAUGAUACGAGGAGGAAUGAUGGGCAACUUUAUACAGAUCUACCAAAAGGAAGGCACUAAAGGAUUAUGGAAGGCAAUAUCCCUGACAGCACAGAGAGCAGCUAUUGUUGUUGGAGUCGAGCUGCCAGUAUAUGACCUUACCAAGAAGCACAUAAUCAUGUCUGGAUUUAUGGGAGACACAGUAUAUACUCACUUUCUCUCAAGUUUUACUUGUGGGUUAGCUGGAGCCAUUGCAUCUAACCCUGUUGAUGUUGUGAGGACACGCAUGAUGAAUCAAAGCCAACAAAAUGGGACGCACUCAAGCUACAAGGGUACUUUGGAUUGCUUGUUACAAACAUGGAAGAAUGAAGGCUUUUUUGCUUUAUAUAAAGGAUUUUGGCCCAACUGGUUGAGACUUGGUCCUUGGAAUAUUAUUUUCUUCCUGACAUAUGAACAACUGAAGAAAUUAGACUUCUGAUGUGUUGAACUGUUACGAAUUCUGCUCAUGUGCUAUUUGAAUUUAGAGUAACUUCAGUUGCUCUUGAGUACCUUCUCUUAGUGUCUGAGAUGCUGGCAAAAGGAAAACUUCAUCACAAGAUUACUCUAAAUUAGGACUACCUAGAAGAGACUGCAAGGCAAACACUGGCUCCUGUAACAGUGAUCACAUAAUUUGGAUGAUGUGCACUACUUCAAGACUGAACCAAACUUGCUGGAAUACUUUCUGUGAACUAUUUAAGUGCUCUUGAAUAUGAAGAUCUGUAUUGCAGCUUGAAAGGGGUCUUGCUGUUGCUUUUUUAGGUUCUCUUUUCAAAAGGAAAGAACAGUCUUCCUCUGAAGGUAGAUGGGUAGCACCAAGGAACUCGGCUUUUCCUGUCUACUGAAUGUGUAAUAUUUGUGGCUGCAAUAAUGGCUAUUUAGAAGCUCCAAAGAUAUAAACUGACAGUGUAACAAGUGUAACUGAUGUCUUUGCUUUUCAGUUUAGCAAAAUACCUGCUGCAGAAGAAUCUGCUUCUGGUAUUAGAGCUUAACUGUUCCAAGUCUAAGAUGUCAACAUAACUUGCUGGGAGUAAUCCAACUUCAUUUGAAAGUGUGGUGGUACAGUUGUCCAUUUUGCGUAGUUUAAGGAAAGCUGCUUUUCCAAAUGCAUCAUUCUUGGUUUUCAGCAUAAGGGGUUCUUGAACAUUCAUGUGAAUUUUUAUUUAGGAAGGAAGUUCAGACAAGUCCAUACUCAUCUGCCUGUCUUGCAGAGAAACUUUCCAUGCUGCUUCCAUUGUUGGGAAGAACUGCUUGUAACAGUUUCUGUUAUGUAUCUUCUGAAAGAUGCAAGUUUUGCACUGAGCAGCUUGGGCUGAUUAAUGGAGGUGCCUGUGUAAAAAGAUCAAAACCCCUGGAAAGAAAGCAAGUCUAAUACAAAGGCUACUUUCCUUUUUUAAAAAAAACAAACCCCAAGCUGAAACUCUUAAGCACUUUCUAGCAAACAGGCCCAAGUUGCUGUUACAUACAAGUUAAGAUUUUUGUAGAAAUCACAACUCCCUUAGAACAUUACCUUUUGAUUUAAAUGUUUAUCAGAACUUCAGUGCCAUUAGCUGACCAGUUAUUGUCAGGGUUCUUAUGUUGAAUGCCAAGCAAGGGAAUACAUGACAUGCAAGUUGUAGGAUGCUGCUUCUGUGUUUACAGAAGGUAGCAAAGCAGGGUGCAUGGAUUUGCAUUUUUGUGACAAUGUAGUAUAUUGUCUCUUAAAGCGUGUUGCUUAAUCAUACAUUCCACUUAGUUACUGCAAUUUCAAAAUUACUGUUGUCACUUAAUUGCUAAUUUUGAAUUCACAGAGUGAAUUUUUUAAAUGCACAAAGCACUUUCUUUCCUAAGGCACAGAUGUUUUCUAUGUAUAUGGGUAUGCUCAUGUGCACUUAGUUUUUCCUUACAGCUGUUUCUACGCUUUAAUAGAAAUAUUUGUAAAUAUUUUUGUACAGGAUGUAAACCAAGCAUAUGUUUUGCAUUUAAGCCUAUUAAAAGUUUUAAAACUAUG